CUUCAGAUUCCUCUUCACCCCUCAUCGCUGCACACACUUCGGAUGAGAAGAUAUCCAUCUCCGGCACUGAAACAGAAAAUCGUGGAGCUCAGUUUAGAAACUCGUCCCCGUGGUCAAUGGUGACGUCGCUCAAUCGACAAUUUCAAAGGCCGACAUCGACGACAUGAAUACCCAUAGUCCACUUUGAAAGUCCCACCGCAACCAUUAGCCGUGACUGACCGAAGUAGCAGCAACUUGUCUGCUUCUCAUCGCUGAACGCCCGGGGCUCUAAUCGUUGGCAAGGCCUCGACCGGAACCUUUUGAAGAUAGAGCUAGCAAAUCUAUAAAUCAAACCUGCCCACAUAAAUAAAACCGCUCAAUUCAGAUGAUCUCUGGCUUCUCUUUCAGUUGCCACAAUGGUUCCUAAGCAUCUGUUAACCGGAAUCCGUAUCCUAGCUCGACCCUUUUGUCAACGCGCACGACCCACAAAUCUCUGUUCCUAUUCCGAAUUUCUUCAUAAGCUCCAAAGCAGGCAUUAUUCAAAUGAACCGCCCCCAGUCGCUCCGGCUUUCUCUUCUCCGCUAGCCUCCACUUCAAAUCCAAAGAGCUCUCUGAAUGACGCUGAGCUACAAAAAUUUGCCGCAAUUUCUGGGACAUGGUGGGAUGCUGAAGGUCCGUUUAAGCCGUUGCAUGUGAUGAACCCGACGAGGCUUGCUUUUAUCAGGUCCACAUUGUGCCGGCAUUUUGGAAAUGAUCCAAACUGCGCGAGGCCAUUUGAAGGAUUGAAAUUCAUAGAUGUUGGCUGUGGAGGGGGGAUUUUAUCUGAGCCUUUGGCUCGGAUGGGUGCCACUGUUACAGGAAUUGAUGCUGUUGAAAAGAACAUCAAGAUUGCACAACUUCAUGCGCAUUUGGAUCCUAUGACUUCAUCAAUUGACUACCAUUGCACAACAGCUGGUGUUUGUAGUGAUCUGUUAGCUUUUGUUAUGACCUUUAAUUUGCUGAUGCCUUUUUAUGUGAAGCUGAUGAAAUUAUUGCUUGCUACUUUGGCAGAAAAAUUGGUGAAAGAGCAGAGGAAAUUUGAUGCUGUACUUGCACUGGAGGUAAUUGAGCACGUGGCAGAUCCUUCUGAUUUCUGCAAAUCCUUGUCAGCAUUGACCAGUUUUGGUGGAGCUACGAUUAUCUCUACAAUUAAUCGAUCCAUGAGAGCAUAUGCAACUGCCAUCCUCAUGGCUGAAUAUGUGCUACACUGGCUUCCAAGAGGCACACAUCAAUGGUCGAGCUUCCUGACGCCAGAAGAACUAGUCCUUAUUCUUGAGCGUGCCUCUAUUUCAGUCAAAGAGAUGGCUGGGUUUGUUUAUGACCCCUUGACUGGGAGAUGGUCCCUUUCUGAUGAUGUCAGUGUUAAUUUCAUCGCUUAUGGCACUAAGAACAGUGAAUAGUAACCUGACAUCCAGUUUCUUGUUAUGUAACUUUAUUGAGUUAUAACUAAUAAUUUGAUUUCCUUUCUUUCCCUUCCUUUACCCGUCUUUUAUUUAUUUAUUUUUUCUGUCACAACUCUCUUGAGGCAUUAUUGGUCCUUUUGUGUGUUCAAAAGGAGUGAAGUUCUGAGGUUGAAAAAAAUGUACAGUAUCGGAAGGAAAGCAGGAUAUGUAGGCAUUCAUUGCACUGUGUAGUGUAUUCAACUUUAACUAUACAAUCUUGCAAUAUGUUAUGUUUUUUGUUAGGCUGACCUAACCAUUAUGCCUGACAUACUUUCCUCUCAAAUA